GCGGAUCCCACCCUUCCUGACAAGGGAAUGGUGGCUCACAUAAACAGCUGCCGACUCAAGGCCAAGGGCGUGGGUCAGCACAACAAUGCCCACAACUACAGAAACCAGAGCUUCGAGGAGCUGCGAGCAGCCUGUCUGAGGAAGGGGCAGCUGUUUGACGACCCUUUAUUCCCUGCUGCACCCAGUUCUCUGGGCUUCAAGGAACUGGGCCCCAACUCCCAAAACGUGCAGAACGUCUGUUGGCAGCGUCCCAAGGAUAUCACAAGCAACCCUCUGUUCAUCGCGAAUGGGAUCUCUCCGACAGAUGUCCGCCAGGGGCUGCUCGGAGACUGCUGGCUGCUGGCAGCCAUCGGCUCCCUCACCACAUGCUCCAAACUGCUGUACCGCGUGGUGCCCAGGGGACAGGGCUUCAAGAGAAACUAUGCUGGCAUCUUCCAUUUUCAGAUCUGGCAGUUUGGGCAGUGGGUGGACGUAGUGGUCGAUGACCGGCUGCCCACAAAGAAUGACAAGCUUGUGUUUGUGCACUCUUCGGAGCGCAAUGAGUUCUGGAGUGCCCUGUUGGAGAAGGCAUAUGCCAAGCUGAACGGGUCCUAUGAAGCGCUGUCCGGGGGCAGCACGAUGGAGGGCUUUGAGGACUUCACAGGAGGCGUGGCCCAGAGCUUCCAACUGCAGAGGCCCCCUCAGAACCUGCUCAGGCUCCUUAGGAAGGCGGUGGAGCGGUCCUCCCUCAUGGGCUGCUCCAUUGAAGUCACCAGCAGUAGUGACUUGGAAACCAUGACGCAGACGAUGCUAGUGAGAGGACACGCUUACUCAGUGACUGGCCUCCAGGAUGUGCACUGCAGAAGCAAGGUGGAAACACUGAUUCGGGUCCGGAAUCCCUGGGGCCGGAUUGAGUGGAAUGGAGCCUGGAGCGACAAUGCCAGGGAGUGGGAAGAGGUGGCCCACGACAUCCAGGUGCAACUGCUGCACAGGAAGGAGGAUGGGGAGUUCUGGAUGUCCUAUCAAGAUUUCCUGAACAACUUCACGCUCCUAGAGGUCUGCAACCUCACACCUGAUGCGCUCUCCGGAGACCACAAGAGCUGCUGGCACACCACCUUCUACGAGGGCAGCUGGCGCAGGGGCAGCACCGCGGGAGGCUGCAGGAACCACCCCGCCACAUUCUGGACCAAUCCCCAGUUUAAGAUCUCUCUCCCCGAGGAGGACGACCCGGAGGAGGAUGCAGAGGAUGAUGCUGUUGUCUGCACCUGCCUGGUGGCCCUGAUGCAGAAAAACUGGCGACACGCACGGCCACAGGGAGCCCAGCUGCAGACCAUUGGGUUUGUCAUCUACUCGGUCCCAAAGGAGUUUCAGAACCUCCAGGACGUCCACCUGAAGAAGGACUUCUUUGUGAAGUACCAGGACAAUGGCUUCUCGGAGAUCUUCACCAACUCCAGGGAGGUGAGCAGCCAGCUCCGGCUGCCCCCUGGGGACUACAUCAUCAUCCCCUCCACCUUCGAGCCACACAUAGAUGGCGACUUCCUGCUCCGGGUCUUCACAGAGAAGCACAGCGAGACCUGGGAACUGGAUGAAGUCAACUAUGCGGAACAGCUCCAAGAGGAAAAAGUCUCGGAGAUUGACAUCCAUCAGGAACUAAUACAGUUGUUUGAGAUCGUGGCAGGAGAGGGCAAAGAGAUCGGUAGGUACGAGCUCCAGAGACUGCUCAACAGGAUGGCCAUCAAAUUCAAAAGCCUCAAGACCAAGGGCUUCGGCCUGGAUGCUUGCCGCUGCAUGGUCAACCUUAUGGAUAAAGAUGGCUCUGGCAAGUUGGGGCUUCUAGAGUUCCAGAUCCUGUGGAAAAAACUCAAGAAAUGGACGGCAUCAAGUUGAACAACAAGGUGAUGCAGGUGCUGGUGGCCAGGUAUGCAGAUGAUGACAUGAUUGUAGACUUUGACAGUUUUAUCUGCUGUUUUCUGAGGCUGAAGGCCAUGUUCGGUGAGUCAGGUGCCCGCCCACUCCCCAGCCU